CCCUCUUCCCACUCUCUUCCUCUUUAGUUUGCUUCUCCAUUUCAAUUUUCCCUUUUCCUUUUCUUACUCUGUGCUUUUGUAGCCCUAACUGGGGCCCUAAAGCUGCGAAUCCAGCAAAAAUCCAACUGGGGUUGCUAUCAUAAAAUCUUAACCGAGCAGCAAACGCCCAUUUACUCAUACAUCUAAAACUUCUUCGCUAGUUGUUGCUCUCUCUGUGUCAUUUCUAGGGCUUAACUAUGGCUGAGAGUUUAGAUGACGGUGAGUUUUGGCUGCCCCCUCAGAUUCUUACUGACGACGAUAUUUUCGUGGAUAACAAGAAGAAUAGUGACGUUGAUAAGAGUAAUCUUAAGAGCUAUAAAGAUUUUUUUGGCUCUGAAACUGAGUUUUCUAAGCCCUUUGUUCCGUUUGAUUUUCCAUAUGGCUUCGGGUAUUUUGGGGUUUCGUCGGAUCUCAGUUCUCCGGUUGAGUCGGUAGUCGGUUCUACUGAAGAAAGUGACGAGGAGGACUAUAUGGCUGGUGUGACUUGCAGAAUGGCUCGUUCAACUCUUGAUGAUGAUUCCAGGGGAAAAGAAACAAACAAGCAGGGUUGGUUUAUCUCUGGUUCGCCGCAAUCAACGCUGUGUGGACUUGGAAGUGGUUGUGGGUGUCGACAAGGAUCGAGACGUGGAAGUCCGUCGGACGUCUCUUCGCCACCGGCUACUUGGGAUCUCCUUUAUGCGGCUGCUGGUGAAGUAGCAAGAAUGAGAAUGAAUGAAAAUGUGUACGGUUUCAAUGGCCACACCAGAGGAAUAUUAGGUCCACCUGGAAAAUCCUCUCCACUCGUUCCUCUGAAGAACUCAAACCCUGAAAUUUCUGUGUAUCCAGACCAGUCCUUUAUUUACCAGAAAUUGCAGGAAUCUCAAUUUCAGCAGCUGAGACAACAGCAAAUAAUGAAGCAACAGAGCUCUGUUGUUUGGGGAGGGCAAACAAAAGGCGCGGUUGGAUUUUACCAACAUCAACAAACACAAAAUCCGGUGGUCCACACUAGAGGGAGAAUCUCCAGUAGACCUACGGCUAUGGGUUUGUCUCCUUCUGCAUGGCCUUCACUACAGCAGGCCCAACAACAACAAAAUCAAGGAGGCUCUGCUAUGCGUGCUCUGUUUUUAGGCAAUCCUGGCGGCAAAAGGGAAUGUGCAGGCACUGGGGUUUUCUUACCUCGCCGAGUCGGGGCACCAGCCGAAACUCGCAAGAAACCAGCUUGUUCGACAGUUUUAGUACCAGCAAGAGUGGUGCAGGCUUUGAACUUGAACUUGGAUAACUCGGGUGAUCAGCAUCCAGUGCUGCCUCGUUUUAAUGGAAAUGUUAACUCUGGCCAUGAUAAUGGAUUGAGGACUCGUAAUAGGAGUGCUGCUGUUCCUUAUCAGAAGUUUAAUCUGAGGCCACAACAAGAAAUUAAUAGCGAAGUGCGAUUACCUCAGGAAUGGACUUACUGACCUGACCCAUCAUUUUCUCCUGGGCAUACAGCAAUAGUUAUGGUCUUUUUCUUUUUCUUUCUUUUUAGAGUUGUAGGAAAGUGAGAAAAUUUCAAGGUUUUUAGUAGAAAUCAAAAUAAGGAAUGGGAAAUGGAUAUAUUGAAAAGCAGCAGCUGCAGCAGCUGCAGCAGCAAGUAUAGUGAAGAAGUUGAGAUGAAGGAAAGGAAAAAGAAAGACAAGGUUUUUUUGGGGUAGAAUUAGGGGAAAAAUAAUUUUGUUGUUUGAGGAAGUGAUAUUUUGAAGAAAUGCAGAAACAGUUUUUGUUCAUUUUGUUGGGCUCAAUGGACGAGGAACUAGCCAUUACUGUUAUAAGAAUUGCUUUUGCUGUUUGAAAGCUUUAUUGUACGCCUUGUCCAAAUGGCCAUCAAUUAAUAAAUAAUUAGAAGGAAUACAUUUGAUUUCCCAA